AUGGAGCGGAAGACAUCCAGUGAGUCAGUGGCUUCAGAAGAGGGGCAGGAGUUGGUGAGGGGAAACAUCGUGCGGAUAGAUUUUGGGGGCUUUUGUGUGACUGACGUGACUGUUGUCGUGGAGAAAACUUAUGUCUUUCUCUUUGGAAUCUCAGGCGUGAACUGUGAGACGAACCUGGAUGAUUGCGCCAGUAACCCCUGCGAGUACGGCAAUUGCAUCGACCAGAUCAACAGCUACGACUGCGUGUGCGAGCCAGGGUACUCAGGGCCCAUGUGUAAUGUCAACGUGGACGAGUGUGCCUCAAACCCGUGUCGCAAUGGCGGGACAUGCAAGGACAUGAUCAAUGGCUUCUCCUGCCUGUGUCCCAAGGGUUACGACGACCUGGUGUGUCUGUCCGAGGUCAACGAGUGCAACAGCAACCCCUGCAUCCACGGCGUGUGCAGUGACGCCGUCAAUGGCUAUAAGUGUGAGUGUGACCCGGGCUGGAGCGACACCAACUGCAACUUGAACAUCAACGAGUGUAUGUCGCUGCCGUGUAGCAACGGAGGAACCUGCACCGACAUGAACAACGGCUACGUGUGUGCCUGCCGCUUGGGCUUCAGGGGACCCAACUGCCAGACCAACAUCAACGAGUGUGCAUCCAACCCGUGCCUGAACCAGGGCAGCUGCAUUGACGACGUGGCUGGAUACAAAUGUAAUUGUGUCCUGCCUUACACAGGAGUGAACUGCGAGGACGUGCUGGCUCCAUGCUCCGAGGACCCGUGUAAAAAUGGCGGCCAGUGCAGAGAGGCCGACGAUUACGAGAACUUCUCCUGCGUGUGUCCGGAGGGAUGGCAAGGGCAAACGUGUGAGAAGGACAUCAACGAGUGUGUUAAGAGUCCAUGUCAGAAUGGCGCCACGUGUCAGAACACGAUGGGAGGCCACAGCUGCAGCUGUAAACCGGGCUACACAGGCCUCAACUGUGAGACUGACAUCGACGACUGCCAGCCCAAUCCGUGCCACAAUGGCGGCUCCUGUUCGGACGGCGUUGACACCUUUGUGUGCGCCUGCCUGCUCGGAUUCCGGGGUCCAAAGUGCGAGGAGGACAUCAACGAGUGCGCGAGCAACCCUUGCAAGAACGGGGCCAACUGCACGGACUGCGUGCACAGCUACACCUGCACUUGUCCUCCCGGCUUCAGCGGCAUCCACUGCGAGAACAACGCUCCCGACUGCACAGAGAGCUCUUGUUUUAACGGUGGGACCUGCGUGGACGGGAUCAACACCUUCAGCUGCCUGUGUCCCGCUGGCUUUACCGGCAACUAUUGCCAGCACGAUAUCAACGAGUGCGACUCCCGGCCCUGCCUGAACGGGGGCACCUGCCAGGACAGCUACGGCACCUACAAAUGUACUUGCCCUCAGGGUUACACUGGGAUCAAUUGUCAGAACCUGGUGCGCUGGUGCGACUCGUCGCCGUGUAAGAAUGGCGGCACGUGCUGGCAGACGGGGAUCACGUACCGGUGUGGGUGCCAGAGUGGCUGGACCGGCCUGUACUGUGACGUGCCCAGCGUGUCCUGCCAGGUGGCCGCCAAGCAGCAAGGUGUGGACGUGGAGCAGCUUUGCCGGAAUAACGGGCUGUGCCUCGACGCCGGGAACACACACCACUGCCGCUGCCAGGCUGGCUACACCGGCAGCUACUGCGAGGAGCAGGUCAACGAGUGCUCCCCCAACCCCUGCCACAACGCUGCCACCUGCACCGACUACCUUGGGGGCUAUUCCUGCCAGUGUGUGGCCGGGUACCACGGCAUCAACUGCUCCGAGGAGAUCAACGAGUGCCUCUCGCAGCCCUGUGAGAACGGGGGCACCUGCAUCGACCUCAUCAACACCUACAAGUGCUCCUGCCCUCGGGGCACACAAGGCGUUCACUGUGAGAUCAACGUGGACGACUGUGCGCCCUUUGGGGACCCUGACAGCCACGAGCGCAAGUGCUUCAACAAAGGCCGCUGUGUGGACAGGGUGGGGGGCUACAGCUGUAUCUGCCUGGCUGGCUUCGUGGGCGAGCACUGCGAGGGAGACGUCAACGAGUGUCUGUCCAACCCCUGUGACGCCCGCGGCACCCAAAACUGCGUCCAGCUGGUUAACGAUUACAAGUGCGAGUGUCGGCCCGGCUACACAGGGCAUCGGUGUGACAUGGUGUUUGAUGGGUGUAAGGACCGGCCGUGCCGCAACGGCGGGGCCUGCGCCGUGGCCGGGAAUACAGCAUACGGAUUCAUCUGCCGCUGCCCUCCUGGUUACGACGGGGCCACGUGUGAGAACAAGGUGAGUCAGUGUGGAGCCCUGCACUGUCCACACGGGAGCACGUGUGUUUACCGGCACGGCACCACCCACUGCCUGUGCCCCACCGGCUUCACCGGCCCCGAGUGCCAGUUCCCGACCAACAGCCACUGCGAGGUCAACCCCUGUUACAACGGCGGCACCUGCGAACCCAGGCCCACCGCCCCCUACUACCACUGCCGCUGCCCCCCACUAUUCAACGGCCUCCAGUGCUUCAUCUUGGACUACAGCUUUGUGGGGGGCGAGGGGCAGGACAUCACUCUGCCCCCCGACCAGGACGUGAGCUGUGAGGUGUCGGAGUGCGCGAUGCUGGCUGGGAACAGGCUGUGUGACGCCCGGUGCAACACACACGCCUGUCACUGGGACGGCGGCGACUGCUCCCUCAACUUCAACAACCCCUGGCAGAACUGCUCGCUCUCGCUCCAGUGCUGGCGGUACUUCGCCAACAACCGGUGCGACGAUCAGUGCAACACCCCCGGCUGCCUGUACGACGGCUUCGACUGCCAGAGCUUGGAGUCGCAUUGCAACCCCCUGUAUGACCAGUAUUGCAGGGAUCACUAUGGGGAUGGACACUGCGACCAAGGCUGCAACAACAUGGAGUGUGAGUGGGACGGGCUGGACUGCGCCAACGACAAGCCGGAGAAGUUGGCGGACCGGACGCUGGUGGUCAUUGUGCUGGUGCCACCCCAGCAGCUACGGAACGAGUCUGUGGGCUUCCUGCGGGAGCUCAGCAAGUUACUGCACACCAACCUCAAGUUCAAGAAGAAGCCGGAGGGUGACGACAUGAUCCUCCCCUACUUCGGGGACGAGGAGGAGGUGGACAAGCGGCACGUCAAGCGGUCUGUGGGGGAGCCGGCCUGGGGAACGGGGACGGACAGUGUCUGGUCUCUCUACACCGCCAUCACCCCCCGAGCCCGUCGCGAGCUGGAGCAGAAAGAGGUCAAAGGUUCCAUCGUGUACCUGGAGAUCGACAACCGGCAAUGUUACCAGACCUUCAGCGAAUGCUUUGCCAGCGCCACCGAAGUGGCCGCCUUCCUGGGAGCCAUGGCCUCUCAGGGCAGCCUGCAGUUCCCGUACGACAUUGAAGUUGUGAAGAGUAAAGAUUUCUCCAUCGCCCCCAACGCCACCCUCUACCCGAUGUACGUGGUGGUCUCCGCGCUGCUGUUCCUGGUCUGUAUCGGGGUGGGGGUCCUGGUGUCUCGGAAGCGCAGGCGGGAGCAUGGGCAGCUCUGGUUCCCCGAAGGCUUCAAAGUGACCGACUCCAGCAAGAAGAAACGGCGGGAGCCAGUGGGGGAGGACUCCGUCGGCUUGAAGCCUCUGAAGAGCUCGUCUGACGGGGCUCUGAUGGAUGACAACCAGAAUGAGCACUGGGCUGAGGACGACCCCACAGACAACAAGAGGUUCAAGUUCGAUGAUCAAACAAUUCUCUCAGACCACGAGGACCAGACUGACCACAGACAGUGGACACAGCAACACCUGGACGCUGCCGACCUUCGCAUCCCGUCCAUGGCCCCGACCCCACCCCAGGGAGAGAUCGACUCCGACUGUAUGGAUGUCAACGUCAGAGGCCCAGACGGAUUCACGCCACUGAUGAUCGCCUCGUGCAGCGGUGGGGGCCUGGAGACUGGGAACAGCGAGGAGGAGGGCGACGACGCCUCCGGGAACGUCAUCUCCGAUUUCAUCUAUCAGGGAGCGAACCUCCACAACCAGACGGACCGCACGGGAGAGACGGCGCUGCACCUGGCCGCACGCUACGCUCGCUCGGACGCCGCCAAGCGCCUGCUGGAGGCCAGCGCCGAUGCCAACGUGCAGGACACCAUGGGCCGCACCCCCCUCCACGCCGCUGUGGCAGCCGAUGCGCAAGGGGUCUUCCAGAUCCUGAUCAGGAACCGGGCCACUGACCUUGAUGCCCGGAUGCACGAUGGGACAACACCUCUGAUCCUGGCUGCCCGCCUGGCGGUGGAGGGGAUGGUGGAGGAGCUGGUGAACUGCCACGCUGACGUCAACGCCGUGGAUGAUUUUGGAAAGUCCGCCCUGCACUGGGCCGCAGCUGUGAACAACGUGGAGGCCACUGCGGUGCUGCUGAAGAACGGAGCCAAUAAAGACAUGCAGGACAACAAGGAGGAGACGCCGCUCUUCCUAGCAGGGAGGGAAGGCAGCUAUCAAACGGCCAAAAUCCUGCUCGACCACUUCGCCAACCGGGAGAUCACCGACCACAUGGACCGGCUUCCGCGGGACAUCGCCCAGGACCGCAUGCACCAUGACAUCGUCCGGCUGCUGGACGAGUACAACCUGGUGCGGAGCCCCGCCCUGCCCGGGGGCCCCACCCUCUCGCCCCCAAUCUGCUCCCCCACCGCCUACCUGGGCAACAUGAAGCCCACAGCGCAGGGCAAAAAGGCACGGAAAACCAACGGCAAGGGUCUGGGCGGAGGCAACGGCAAAGAGGCCAAGGACGCCAAAGCCAAGCGGAAGAAGUCCCAGGACGGGAAGAUUCUGCUGGAGAGCUCGGCCGUGCUGUCCCCUGUGGAUUCCCUGGAGUCUCCUCACGCCUACAUGUCAGACGUGGCCUCGCCACCACUGAUGCCCUCCCCGUUCCAGCAGUCGCCCUCCAUCCAGCUCAACCACCUGCAGGGGCUGCCCAGCGACGGGCACCUGAACGUGACUCAUCUGAACCUGAGCGGGAACCAGGAGCUGGGGCUGGGGGGCGGCAGGAUGACCUUUGACUCUGUGCCCCCUCGUCUGUCGCACAUGUCCACCGUCGGCAGCUCGGCCUUAACCAACGGCCCCAUGUCCCUGGGUAUGGGAGGUGGCGGCAAUGCCUCCAUCGGUAACCCCUGCGAUUGGCUGUCGCGGAUGCAGGCGGGCUUGGUGCAGAACCAGUACAACCCCAUGCAGAGCUCGAUGCCACCACACGCCGCCAUGCACCAGCCCGGGCCGGGGCUCCAGCGUGGCAUCAUGCCCGCCCUGCACAGCCCCUCGCUCUCCCAGAUCAUAAGCUACCCAGGCCUCUCCAACACCCGGCUCUCUCAGCCACACAUGAUGCAAGUGCAGCAGAUGCAGCAGCUGCAACAGAGCAUGCAACAGCAGCAGCAACAGCAGCAGCAACAACAACAGCAGCAGCAACAGCAGCAACAACAGCAGCAACACAACGCCAUGUCCAAUGCCAACGGGCACCCCAUCGGCCAAACCUACUGCAGUGGGGACCUGGGGCAGAUGGACCUCCAGCAGCUGCAAAUCCUCAGCGCUCAAGAGCCCCAACACCUGCAGACCUCGCUGCCCACGUCCCUGGGACAGUCCAUGACCACCACCCAAUUCCUGACCCCCCCCUCGCAACACAGCUACACCUCGCCCAUGGACAACACCCCAGGCCGCCACCUCCCUGCCCCCGAUCACCCCUUCCUCACCCCCUCCCCCGAAUCCCCGGACCAGUGGUCCAGCUCCUCUCCUCAUUCCAACAUGUCGGAUUGGUCGGAAGGAAUCUCCAGCCCCCCAACCAGCAUGCAGUCACAAAUGGGACACACCCCAGAUCACGUGUUCAAGUGACUUCAUGCGUGUGGGGCUCAGCCUGAUGUGACCUCUGCCUCCUGCCCGCCCCCCCCCA